GUGUGUGAUGGCGAGAUAGAGGGCGAGAGAGCAGGAGUGAGAGAUAUUGAAGGGAGAAAGGAGGGAGAAGUGAGGAGAGUGCGCAUGUGCAGCGGUGAGGUGCGCUCGCCUGGAACCGACGAAGAAGGAGGAAGAGGAGGAGGAGGUGUUGUUGUGAGCGGGACGACGAGAAAAAAAGCGAGGUCCGACUAGAUUAAAGACCCAGGCCCAGGAGGACUGAAUAAGCCACACCAGGGAGGAAGAGGAAGGAUGGAGAGAGCCGACAGAGACGCUCCGACACACACCGGAGGAGGCAGAGCGACGGCGUGAAGGACAAAAGACGAGGGAUGCGGACGUGCCUCCACCUUGCCUCCACCAUCUUAACAUUCCUGCUGCCGUCAUCCUGCUGGGAACCAGACCUCGCAUCCUCAAAGCAGAGAAAUCGUCAAGACAGGACCUGAAAGAGGCUUGAGGUAGAUGCACCAAAGCUAUCUGGAGGACACUUUAUCACCGUCUAAAAAGGGAGACGAGCACGGAGGCCCACACCUUGAGACUGUUAUCGCUUCCUCGACCCGAAACAUCAACUCCCACCUCGUAGGAAUUCGCAGAAGGGAAUCUUUCCGACCACUAGGACGAGCCACAAAGGACACCUCCCCCCAAAUAUGAGACCACCCACUUGGCAAAUAAAAAGGGCGUCAACCAGGGUCUGCUGAGGGAAUUUAGCAGGGCUCAGACAGACGUAAGGAACACAUAGUAGUACAGUUUCACUUGGCCUGACACUGGAUUCACUUUGAGGUACUUGGAACUUGGAUCAUUCUGCCCUGUGCAUGCAGACAUCAACCAAACUGUAGUGUGUGUGUGUGUGUGUGUGUGUGUGUGUGUGUGUGUGUGUGUGUGUGUGCGGGUGGGUGGGUGUGUAUAACUGUGUAUUUAAGAUUAUCUAUUGGUGCUGACUGUGUGAAUGUAAUGUUGUUUUAAUACAAAAGUAGCCAACACCAGUCUAAGAAGCUGGACUGUUUCUUCUUAAGCAUUGAAUUAAGGUGCUCUGGCUCAACUCUUUAACCCGGCAAGCCCUCAUAAGGACUCAGGCUGACAGGAACAUCAACCAGGGUCCGGACUGGGGUCUCUAAAGGCAAUAUGGACGGAGUCAUUCGUCCACAUGUGCCCUCUAAUGGCUGACUUUAACACAACAACGCUACCCAGUCCUCUUGCCCAGAACCAGGCAGGUGUGUCCACUCCUCUUUAGAGCCUCUGUGUGUCCACUUCCAAAUUCCGAAUGUCCUGCCUCAGGCGUCAGCCCGUCACCAUCCCUAUGGACACGGUCAAGAUCAUCCAGUCCGAGAAGUUCCCCAGAGAGUGCACGGUGCCCGUCACCCAACCUCGCUUCGCCCCGCCCCCCAGAGUGGCAUGGGACGGUGGCGGCGAAGGGGAGAUCAUAGUCAACCAGGCUUGCAGCGACCUAACGCUUGACAUGACGGUGGCGACCCCCAGGCCCAUGGCGUCCCCCCAGCUCCCCGUUGUCCGCAGGGAGCAAAGCUUCUUAGCGCAGCGCAAAACCAGUGCCAACGAGAUCUGCUACCACCAGUUUCACUACAAGAUGGACGACGUCAUCGUCAACCAGUAUGUGCUACGCUCCUCCUCCACGUCCUCGUCCUCGUCCUCGACCUCUUCGGGGGCCCCCGUGCCCUGCGAGCCCCUGGACUGCCCCACCUGUGGCCACACCUACAACUUCGCCGGCAAGCGCCCUCGCAUCUUGUCCUGUCUGCACUCGGUGUGCGAGGAGUGCCUGCAGAUCCUCUACGAGUCGUGCCCCAAGUACAAGUUCAUCUCCUGCCCCACCUGCCGCCGCGAGACCGUGCUGUUUACCGACUACGGCUUGGCAGCCCUCGCCAUCAACACCAGCAUCCUGAGCCGGCUGCCCGUCAACCCCAACGGGCCCGUGCAGUGGGGCGGGGACGUCGACCGCAGCUGCUACCAGACUGUGCGCCAAUACUGCCAGUCGGCCUGCACCUGCCACAUCGCCAACCCGCUGUCCUCCUGCGGCAUCAUGUAGACAAAAUGCGGGCGCCACGUAACGCUGCUCAGCCACACCUUUGUCGACUAUAAGCUCUCCCCCUACCCCUCACACACACACACACAGACCGUCAAUAAUCCCUCCACAGAUGACUUAUCUCUAUAUAUUUAAUAGCACAGAUGGAUGCUGUGUGGGACUUAUGGAUGCCGACGAUUCGAUAGAUAGUAAAUAUAUGUAUUUUACGUAUGGACUGGAAUCCUGUUCACCCUCUCUUGUUUGGUUGGAUGUGUUUGUCAUCUCUUUUCAUGGGAAUGCCAGGGGAGGUCAAUUCCCCCCCCCCCCCCCCUCUCCUCAAGGUGAAUAAAGAUUAAAUU